UUCGGACCGCACUGCUCCAGCCGUGUCAGCAAGAUGGCGCGUCUAAAGCCUGGAAAAUACCGGAGCGUGGCAACAAGAACGAACCAGCGCAUGGCGACAGGGAAAGGCCAUGUCUACUCGAGCUUAUGCAUCGGCGACGCCCGCGCAGAACAGCGGGCUCUCCACAUCGGGCCGCAUCCCCGAGCAUCAGCGAUGCGGCUCGGUCCUCAGACCCCAUCACACCUACUCGGACCCCACUCGGGUGCCCUGGAGCGGAGCAAAGCCCCCAGCUCGGAGCCACGCGUGCGCCCGCCCGUGGCACGCCAGGCGCGCGCAGGCCCUCCGCGGGCACCCGCCCAUGACCGGCAAUGACGCUUUCUGCGCUGGUGGCGCGCUGGCUCGGCGGAUGCCAGACCUCGGGAGGGUCGUCGCUCGGGCACGCCCCUGCGCGACAGCAGGAGGAGGAGGAGGAGGAGGAGGAGGCGGGAGGAGGAAGAGGAGAGGCGGGCGCAACCAGAUCAACGCAAUCCAGGCACGCCAGCAGGUGCUGGCGGGACCCCUGUAUGUGGGCCCGCUCCUUCGCGUAGCAUCGCCAGGCUGGCGUCGGCGCCGGAGACCGCUCACUGCGGAAUGCUGUGGCAUGUUGGUCUUCCAUGCCUUACAGCCCGAGCGCCUCCAGCAGCGGAGGCACAGUUAAAAUCGCAGCGAUCCAGCAACCCGCGCAUGCUGCUCGCCGGACUCGCCCGGCCUCUGCGCGUGCCUGGCCCAACGCUGCCUCGCGAGGGCUCGACGCCGGGGCAGGUCGGGAGGACGAACACGCAAGAUGUGACGACUCC